AUGAAAGUAUCUACCCAUUGCACCACCACCGAAAUAGAAGUACUCGAAGGGACCUAUCUAAUUGAGUUACCGCCAGGAUGUGAACUACGAACCAAUUAUGAAGUUUACACGAAUUCCAAAACAACAAUUGAAGAAGAACUACUAACAUUACCAAAAGUAAAGACCAUCACCAUUUCAAAGAACCACCCAAUAGUCAAAGCCCUAAAAUUGGACAAAAUUCCUUUAGACGAACUACACAAAUCAUCACAGGAAGAAGAAAGGUUCCAAUCCGUCCUACCAACAGAAAUAGACCACAGCUACAUAUGGGCACCACCGAUAUAUAUCCUGGUAGCAAUCCUUUUAAUUUUUGGUUUUCUCGAGCUACGCAAACUGAAAAAUGAAAAAGGCCCUGACAGUAAAGUCUCAGAUGUGGAUGGACAACCAUAUACAACGAUUCUAUACGGAAACGGUCCUGGCUUCGCAACUCCCAGGAUAGUUCCGAUGAAUACGUCUUCAGCAGCAGAAGACAGGAAUCAAGUUCACGGAUCUGCUGUUCCAAGACAAUGGGCGACACACGGCGGAGAAGACGUUCCAGUAUACGCUCUAGGGCCUUUAGCUACUACUUUGUUUACAGGUACUUUUGACCAAAGCUACAUUCCACAUGCCAUAGCUUACAGCGCCUGCUUGGGCGAACACAGGUUGCGCUGCCAAGGCCUCGACAACUAUACCGGCGCUCCAUUGCCGCCGCACGGCGGAAGCUGCACUCCACAAGAGCCAGCCAACGUUGCUCACGCGGGACAGCCGAUUGUGAUAGCCAGCAGCGUCAUGUCUGAUGAUGGACAAAUGAGGGUAAAGUCGUCGAGUAGAGGCGGCCAAAUAUACGUAAUUCGUUUUAUGACUUUUUUCUUAGCGGUAGUUUUAAGGGGAACGUAG